GCACCAUGAACGGCCACUCUAAUUCGUACCACCUGUAAAAGCGCGCCUCAAUUUUUGGCAUCAUUGAAACCCAUGUUUAUUGCAAAAUAAUUUAAGAAUGGAUGCCAAACGCAAAUUUAAUGGUCCUUCCAAUGGGCAGGCCAAAAGGCCCAGGAAUCCUGAUGAUGAUGAGGAGAUGGACUUCGAGUCGGAAUUGGCCGCCUUUGAGAACAGUGAGGAUAUGGAUCAGACUUUGUUACUGGGAGAUGGACCGGAGAACCAACAGACCAGCGAACGCUGGUCCCGGCCAGCGCCUCCCAAGCUAGAUCCCGCCAAAGACAGCUUGGAAUUCCAGCAACUGGAUGUUGAGAACUAUCAAGGUCAACCGCUGCCCGGGAUGCCGGGUGCCCAGUUGGGUCCGGUGCCUGUAGUUCGCAUGUUUGGUGUCACCAUGGAUGGGAACUCUGUUUGCUGUCACGUCCACGGAUUCUGUCCGUAUUUCUACAUUGAAGCACCCAAGAAGUUCGAGGAGCGCCACUGCGAGAAACUGCAGCAAGCUCUUGAUCAGAAGGUCAUAGCUGAUAUUCGGAACAACAAGGAUAAUGUUCAGGAAGCUGUGCUGAUGGUCGAGCUGGUGGAGAAGCUUAAUAUCCAUGGCUACAAUGGCGACAAGAAGCAACGAUACAUCAAGAUCUCUGUGACUCUGCCCAGAUUUGUAGCUGCCGCCUCUCGUUUGCUAAAGAAGGAGGUCAUUAUGGCGGAGAUAGACUUUCAGGACUGUCGUGCCUUUGAGAACAACAUCGACUUCGAUAUCCGGUUCAUGGUGGACACUUCAGUGGUGGGCUGUAACUGGAUAGAGCUGCCGAAAGGUGAGUGGCGGCUGAGGAGCAGCCACAGCAAGCCAUUGCCCGAGUCCCGUUGCCAGAUCGAAGUGGAUGUCGCCUUUGACAAGUUCAUAUCCCACGAACCUGAGGGCGAAUGGGCCAAAGUGGCUCCCUUCCGCAUCCUGUCCUUCGAUAUCGAAUGCGCUGGUCGCAAAGGAAUAUUCCCAGAGGCCAAAAUGGAUCCUGUUAUCCAGAUAGCCAACAUGGUCAUACGGCAGGGCGAGCGCGAGCCCUUCAUCAGAAAUGUUUUCACCCUGGACGAGUGUGCUCCGAUUAUCGGUAGCCAAGUGUUGUGUCACGACAAGGAGACCCAGCUUCUGGACAGGUGGAGCGCCUUCGUCCGAGAGGUGGAUCCCGACAUUCUAACUGGCUACAACAUAAACAACUUCGAUAUACCCUACCUUCUCAACCGGGCUGCUCAUUUGAAGGUGAAGAACUUCGAGUAUCUGGGCAGGAUCAAGAACAUACGUUCGGUGAUCAAGGAACAGGUGAUACAGUCCAAGCAAAUGGGCCGUCGGGAAAACCAGUACGUGAACUUCGAAGGCAGGGUCCCCUUCGAUCUGCUGUUUGUGCUGCUCCGAGACUAUAAGCUACGCUCCUACACCCUCAACGCCGUGAGCUAUCACUUCCUGCAGGAACAGAAGGAGGAUGUGCAUCACAGCAUCAUUACAGAUCUGCAGAACGGCGAUGAGCAGACGCGUCGCCGCCUGGCCAUGUACUGCCUAAAGGAUGCGUAUCUUCCGCUGCGUUUGCUGGAGAAACUGAUGGCCAUCGUCAACUAUAUGGAAAUGGCCAGGGUGACGGGUGUACCUCUGGAGUCACUACUUACCCGCGGACAACAAAUAAAAGUCAUGAGCCAACUGCUGCGCAAGGCCAGGACCAAGGGCUUCAUCAUGCCCUCCUACACCUCUCAAGGAUCGGAUGAACAGUUCGAGGGGGCUACUGUUAUUGAGCCCAAAAGAGGCUACUACGCAGAUCCCAUAUCCACGCUGGAUUUCGCCUCUCUGUACCCGAGUAUAAUGAUGGCCCAUAAUCUCUGCUACACCACCUUGGUUCUUGGCGGAACUCGCGAAAAGCUAAGGGAGCAGGAAAAUCUCCAGGACGACCAAGUGGAGCGCACGCCCGCCAACAAUUAUUUCGUAAAAUCCGAGGUGCGAAGAGGUCUCCUGCCUGAAAUCCUGGAAUCCCUGCUGGCCGCAAGAAAACGGGCCAAGAACGACCUGAAAGUGGAAACCGAUCCGUUUAAGAGGAAGGUUCUGGAUGGUCGCCAGCUGGCGCUGAAGAUUUCAGCCAAUUCCGUGUACGGAUUCACAGGAGCCCAGGUGGGAAAGCUGCCUUGUCUGGAGAUUUCCGGCAGUGUGACGGCCUACGGACGCACCAUGAUUGAGAUGACCAAGAACGAGGUGGAGUCGCACUACACACAAGCCAACGGCUACGAAAGCAAUGCGUUAGUCAUUUAUGGCGACACGGACUCUGUGAUGGUCAACUUUGGCGUGAAGACCUUGGAGCGGAGCAUGGAACUGGGCAGGGAAGCGGCCGAGCUGGUCAGCUCCAAGUUCGUCCAUCCCAUCAAGCUGGAGUUCGAGAAGGUGUACUACCCCUACCUUCUCAUUAACAAGAAGCGCUAUGCGGGAUUGUACUUCACCCGACCGGAAACCUACGAUAAGAUGGACUGCAAGGGCAUUGAGACCGUGCGAAGAGACAACUCGCCCCUGGUGGCCAACCUGAUGAAUACCUGUCUCCAGAAGCUGCUCAUCGAACGAGAUCCCGAUGGCGCCGUGGCCUACGCCAAGCAGGUGAUAGCAGAUCUGCUCUGCAAUCGGAUAGAUAUAUCCCACCUGGUCAUCACCAAGGAGCUGGCCAAGACUGACUACGCCGCCAAGCAGGCGCACGUGGAGCUGGCCGCCAAGAUGAAGAAGAGGGAUCCCGGUACGGCGCCAAAGCUGGGAGAUCGAGUUCCCUACGUUAUUUGCGCUGCAGCCAAAAACACUCCCGCCUACCAGAAGGCAGAAGAUCCCCUGUAUGUUCUGGAGAACAGCGUGCCCAUUGACGCUACCUACUAUCUGGAGCAGCAGCUGGCAAAGCCGCUGCUGAGAAUCUUCGAGCCAAUUUUGGGAGAGAAGGCAGAGUCCAUUCUGCUGAAGGGCGAGCACACACGCACCCGCACUGUGGUGACCUCCAAAGUGGGCGGAUUGGCUGGCUUUAUGACCAAGAAGACAUCCUGUUUGGGCUGCAAGUCCCUGAUGCCCAAGGGCUACGAGCAGGCCUGCCUUUGUCCGCACUGCGAGCCUCGGAUGAGUGAGCUCUAUCAGAAGGAAGUGGGGGCCAAGCGGGAACUGGAAGUAUCCUUUUCACGCCUGUGGACUGAGUGCCAGCGCUGCCAGGGAUCGUUGCACGAGGAAGUGAUCUGCUCCAACCGGGAUUGUCCCAUCUUCUACAUGCGACAAAAGGUGCGCAUGGAUCUUGAUACGCAGGAGAAGCGUGUCCUCCGAUUCGGCCCAGCCGAUUGGUGA